UCAGUUCACUUGCUACGAGGACGCCGGUCAUUCUCACACAUUUAUGGCGGACAAUUAGUCGCUCAUUCUCUGAAAAGCGCUACGGAAACCGUAGAUCGAGCACUUUCUCCUCAUUCAAUGCAUUGCUACUUUGUAAAUGCUGGUUCCGUCCUGGAACCGGUACAUUACAAUGUGGAUUGUAUUCGCGAUGGGAAAAGUUUUGCAACGCGAUUAGUAAAGGUUGUUCAAAAUGGAAAGAUACUGUUUACAUCACAGUUAUCAUUUCAACGCGAACAGCCAAGUGGUAUGCGGCAUGAGACGAAAAUUGAAAUGCCUCCAGGUCCAGAUGGUCUUCUGACUGCACGGGAAUUGAUGAGAAAUUGUUUGGAAAACUCAAAAUCUGACCACAUGACGCCUACCGAAGUUUUCAGUGCUUACAAAUUGGCCGAAUUCCCACCAACGUUUCAUAGGAUAUACGAGGCAAGACCUGUCGACCAGAAAAUUUAUCAGCCAGAUUUGAAUGGACCGCUGCAUCGUCCUCAAUAUCACAUGUGGAUAAAACCUGUACUCGACGUGGGAACGGAUCCCUUGAUGCAUCAAUACAUGGCGGCCUAUAUAUCGGAUUCGACCAUGGUGGAAACCGCUAUAUUACCUCAUCUUGCAAGAGGAUUUCCUAUGAGCAUGGCAUUUUCUCUUGACCACUGCAUUUGGUUUCAUCAAACAAAGUUCAAUAUCAACGAAUGGAUGCUGUGGGAACAAACAAGCGACUUCGCUGGAAACUCUCGAACCCACACCCGGGCUAGGUUAUGGACUCAGACGGGUAGUUUGGUGAUGACUGCCGUUCAAGAAGGACUUGCUCGACCUGUUCGCAAGAACGCUUAG